CAUUGAUCUAAAGUUUCUAAAAACAAUGAGCCACAUUGGAGACGGCGGUGAAGUCUCCUGGUGUUUAUUUUGGAUGUAUCACAGGAAGUUUAUCAUCACUAAGGAAACGAGCUGAACUGAUAAUUUGAGAAUGUGCUUGUAAAUGUCACUAGAUGGCAGUGUCUAACCACAUACUGAAAAGUUUUGAAAACCCAACACCAUACGCAGGGCAGAACAGUAAUUCCUGCCCAUGCAUGAAUUGCAUGCAAUGUGAAUGUACAAAAAUGUGGCAAUCUUGUAAUGAUGAGACGCAAUGUGUGACACCCCAUGUAUUUAUGAAACCAUAACUGAUGCUGACUGAAGAUUUGCCUGAAAUGCUACAGAUUGUAGUUUUAAUGAAGUUGGUUGUUUCAUCCGUGUUGAAUGAAGUUCUUUUUCUCAGAUGUGCAGGUAGUGUUGAAGCCUCAGAUGGUCAGUGUGGAAACCCAGACAGAAUCUGAUGGAUGGCGGUCAACACCACUGGUCAGUCCGGAACACAGUGAAGAUGAAUUAUCAGAUGCUAUGGACAAGUCUGGGGAUGUGUCGUGGAAUCCUGAUGAAGACAUGCUGAGUGAGUCGUCUGAGGAGGAGGAGGAAGCGCAGCUGGAAUCUCAGUGUACCAAUGACGAUGAUACUGACAAGUUCAUUGUUGGGAAGGAGCAGCUCCUGUCAUUGUUCAGCACGUGUCCGGCAUGUGGUGAAGAAAGCCAGGGGCGCAUAAUAUUCCAGCAAGGGACAUACAUAAAAGUUCAGCAGUCAUGUGGAAACUGUGGCCAUCAGCAAAACUGGCAAAACCAACGUAUGCUACACCGAAACAUGCCUGCCUUCAACCUUACACUUAGUGGCGCCAUCCAUUUUACUGGCUGCAUGGCUACCCAGACCAUAAGGAUGCUUAAGUUGUUUGGACUGCAAUGCAUUAGCGCCCCCACGUUUUUUCGGCAUCAACGCCUCUACACGAUCCCAACAAUUAUAACUGCCUGGGAGGAGGAGAAAAAGGAGAUCAUCAGAGAGCUCAAAGAGCUUGAUGGUGGACUGGUCCUCUCAGGUGAUUGCCGAUCGGACUCCCCUGGACACUGUGCAAAGUAUGGCAGCUACACAUUGAUUGAAGACCGAGUCAAUAAGGUGUUGGAUGUACAACUCGUCCAGAGUUCAGAAGUCCCUAGCAGCUCAUGGUGUGAGCUAGAGGGGUUGAAGAGGAGCAUCCAGUCUCUGAAAGAGCAAAACAUGCAAGUCUCCACUUUGAUCACGGACAGAAAUCGACAGGUGGCCAAAUGGGUCCGGGAGCAGAUGGCAGAAACAAGCCAUUUUUUUGACAUUUGGCAUAUCGGAAAAAGUGUUCAGAAAGCACUGGAUGCUGGCGCAAAGGAGAGGGGGUGCGAGGACCUAAGCCUUUGGAGGCCCGCGAUAAUUAAUCACCUCUACUGGACGGCUGCUUCCACCCCUUCAGGAGAUCCGGAUGUGAUGGAGGCGAAAUGGACCAGCAUGAUCCACCAUGUGCAGGACAUUCAUCAUCAUGAAACGCCUGCCUUUCCUAGCUGUGCCCAUCCGCCAUUGGAAGGGGAGGCACGUGACAAGGAGUGGCUGGAACCAGGAUCUGCUGCUGCUGUGAAGCUGGAGAGCAUUGCAGCCAAAAAAGCCCUGCUGAAGGAUGUGAGAAAAUUGUCACCCCAGCACCAGACCUACUCUCUGGAGGCAUAUCACUCCCUCAUCCUACGCUUUGCGCCAAAACAUACUGGCUUCUCCUAUCUGGGCAUGUUUAGCAGACUGCUGUUGGCAGCACUGCACUUUAACUGCAAUAGUGGCAGAGAUGUGGCACGGACCAGUACUGGAGAGGCACGCUACGCAGUCCGGUACCCUCGAUUCAAGAAAGGUGGCUGGGUGGUCCGUCCAAUUGUGGAAAAAGCAUCUUAUGGUUACGCUUCACAACUGAUGACAUCCCUGGAGGAGGGGUAUACAAAUUCACCACAGGCCCUCCAAGACAGAAGUGCUCUUCUGGGUUCCACUGCACCACCUCCCCUCACCUCUUCUCUCCAGAAGAUUGCCAAGGAUGAAGCAGUCGGACUACAUAUUCAACGGCACUCACGCUUCAACACUAGCGGCACAUCUUAACACUCAAGUUUAGACUCCAAAUAACCACAAGUAAUCAUAACUAUGUACAGCGUUUUUUUGUCAUUUAAAAUAGACUUGCUAGACUUCCCUUUUCUCAUGUGUUUCAUGCAUGUACCAAUAAAUGUAA